AUGAACCCAGCUCCGAGUAUGCCUGGCGGCCUCUGGCAGGAGGCCCGCAAUGCCGACGGCCGCGUAUACUAUUAUAAUGUUCAGACAAAAGCAACACAAUGGGCGAAGCCUACGGAGCUGAUGACUCCUGUAGAGCGCGCCUUGUCAAACCAGCCGUGGAAAGAAUAUACUGCAGAGGGUGGACGGAAGUAUUGGUACAACACCGAAACCAAGCAAAGCACCUGGGAAAUGCCAGAAGUUUACAGAACCGCACUUGCACAGGUUCAACCUCCCCCAGCACAACCUCCAAGCGCUCCUACUUUCGUCGCUGGCGGAACGUCCUCAUUCCCUCCCUAUCUUCAGCAGCAACGUGACCGGGACGAUAGUGACCGAAAUACCCCCGAUCGUCGUCCGGGAUAUAUGGGGAUGGAGACAAAUGGCCUCGUGACUCCUCAGCAGACUGACCCAGAAUAUAGCUCCUUCGAAGAAGCUGAAAGCGCGUUUAUUAAACUCUUACGACGAUGCAAUGUUCAACCCGACUGGACCUGGGAACAGGCAAUGCGAGCCACCAUCAAGGAUCCCCAGUAUCGUGCUCUGAAAGACCCCAGAGAUCGAAGGGCUGCGUUUGAUAAGCAUGCAGCGGAAGUCCGCAUGCAGGAACGAGAUCGCGCGAAGGAAAGAUUUGCUAAGUUACGCACUGAUUUCUAUACCAUGCUGAAGAGUCACCCGGAAAUAAAGCACUACAGCAGAUGGAAAACUAUACGUCCAAUUAUUGAAGGAGAGACCAUUUUCAGAUCCACAAACGACGAAAGUGAACGUCGCCAGCUAUUUGAAGAGUAUAUACUUGACCUAAAGAAGGACCAUGUGGAGCAAGAAGCCGUGACUCGUAAAGCCGCCAUGGACGACCUAGCGAAUAUUCUCAAGGCACUUGAGUUAGAGCCAUAUGCUAGAUGGUCCGAAGUGCAAAAUGCCUUGCAGGCCAACGAGAAGAUUCAAAAUGACGCUAAGUUUAAGACCCUAAGCAAAUCAGACAUUCUCACCGCUUUCGAAAACCACAUCAAGUCUCUGGAACGGAACUUUAAUGAUGCCCGCCAGCAGCACAAGGCUGCCAAGGCUCGGAGAGAACGUCAUAACAGAGAAAAGUAUUUGGAUCUGCUCAAAGAGCUACGCUCCCAAGGCAAGAUAAAAGCCGGAAGCAAGUGGAUGCAUAUACAUGCUUUGAUUCAAGAGGACCCUCGGUAUGUAGCAAUGCUAGGUCAAAGUGGCUCAACUCCUCUGGAUUUGUUCUGGGACAUGGUUGAAGAAGAGGAGAGAUCGUUGCGAGGACCCCGAAAUGAUGUCCUCGAUGUCCUCGAUGAUAAACGCUAUGAGAUCACAACAAAAACAACAUAUGAUGAUUUCAUGUCUGUCAUGGCUACUGACCGCCGUACAGCCAAUAUUGACCCUGACACUCUCCAACUCAUCUUUCAGCGAGUGCAAGAAAAAGCUCAGCGGCGCUCUGAAGAUGAAAAGCAUGCAGCUGAUCGUCAUCAGCGACGUGCUGUUGAUGCCCUACGUUCUCGUAUCAAACACCUGGAGCCACCUGUUCGACUGGGGGACACAUGGGAACAGGUCCGACCGCGGAUUGAGAAGUUCGAAGAGUACGAUGCCCUCGAGUCUGAUGAUUUACGUAUGAGUGCCUUCGAAAAAGUUGUGCGUCGCUUGAAAGAAAAGGAAGAAGAUGCCAACAGAGAUCGUGACCGUGACCGUGACCGUGAUCGAGAACGUGGCUCACGUCGUGGUGAUUAUCAUGAGCGCUCUGAUCGAGAUUCGCGAAAUGGUUUGUACCGCUCUGAUCGCAGAGCUAGACCUAGCCGAACACCUGAUCCCGACCCUUACGAAGCAGACCGUCGUAAGGCGCAGGCAGAUCGUGAGCGUUCGUACCGCAAGGUAAGCGGUCUGUCACCUGUUCGUGAAAGGAGGGAUGAUCGUGAUCGGUUGCGGGACAAAGAGCGCGACAGAGACAGACGUGGGCUUAGCCACUACGAUCGUGAACGUCGUGAUCGAGAAGAAGAGCGCGAACGACUAUACCGGACCCGUGGCGACCCACGCGGAAGUCGCGACGAGCUGGACUAUGGUGGAGAUACGCGUAGCACAGUAAGUAGCGACCGUCGUCGUAGACGUGACAGCGAUGCGGAAAGUGUUGCCAGCCGUAGCGCCAAACGGUACAGACGUGACGAUCGCGAGAAAGAACGAUCUCGGGAGCGCAGCCAUCGUGACCGAGAGCCUGGUCGUACUCCAGUCGCCGCUAUCGAAGAAGAAACAAAAGUGGAGAAAGCAGUUCAUUCCGGAAGCGAGGAAGGCGAGAUCGAAGAGGAUUGA